GGCGGACAAAAGGAUUUAUACGUAAAAAAGUAUUUCAACUGUUUGUUAACCGUCAGAUUUGAUGUGGAUACGUCUUUUACGGCCUUAAACGAGAAUCAAUCAGACUAAUCUUUGUGGUCUUGAACAAGAAUCGAGCAUUACGAAAAGAUAGUACAUGAUGCUGGACAAAAAGAGCAGGUUUUUCUAUCCCAUCUACGUUGUAUUUGGGUUAGUAUUUGGCAUUAUUCUUUAUCGCUCUUCACUGGGCGGCCUUGGCAAGGGGUAUGUUGCAAACUCAUCGCGUCAUAGUGCGUCAAAUGAACUUGAUGGGUGCUAUCACAUUUAUCUAGACUGUGGUUCUAACCGUGGGGUCCAGGUUCGCAAAUUGUAUCAGCCCGAUCUUUACCCUAAGGCCGCGAUUAAUAAGAUUUUCCAUAAUGAGUUUGGUGAUGUUCACAGCCGCAAACCGGUUUGCAGCGUAGGAUUCGAGCCUAAUAAUAACCAUACGCAAUAUUUGAAAGAUAUGGAGAAUGCAUAUAAUCGUUGUGGACACCGUGCUAUAUUUAAAGUGCCUGCUGGCGUAGCUGAUUUUGACGGUACUGCAGAUUACUUCUCUGACAAUAAAGCGGCUCUCUUCGAGUCGGGCGGUGGCAUCAUUGCUAACAGAACAAGUUCAAUAACAAACAAAGGAGCAGUGCAAACUAUACGUCUAGCAAGGUAUAUCAAGGAAGUCGUCAACACCAGGAUUACAGGAGCAACGGUAAAUGAAAUGCUUCAGGACCCGCCUAAAGUCCUUAUGAAGCUGGACAUUGAAGGAAGUGAAAAAGACGUAAUUAUCGACCUAGUAUUUUCCGGCACCCUGGACGUAGUGGAUUUCGCUUUCAUAGAGUACCACGACCGAAAAUUCACAGAUCCAAUAGAGCGUCAAAAGAUGGUAGACUCGCGAAUGAUCGUAAAUACUUUAAGCAAAUAUACGAAAUUCAGAAUUUCGUCUCUAGAUGAUGAAACCUACCAUCUCACAGACUUUCCGCUGCCCGCAUGCUGAAAUCGCGGCCAUAUUUUGAAAAUAUUUCAGUAUGUGCACCUUGUGAUUGUUUUGUGGGACUUGCUGCUAUUUAUGUGUCAGCAUGCUAAAUGCACCAGUCUAGUGCACCUGGUUGUUUGUAGGCUUCGCUGGUAUUGUAGUUUCCAGGUAUUUUGACUGACUAUACCGUAUAGGCUGCGCUGGUUGACAUAAUUCUCAAUACAAAAUCGACAUUAUAUCAAAGUUUUAUGUGUCCAUUUUUUGGUCAAUAGUGGCUUAGAAUGUCUCGAAAAAAUAUAUGCCUUAAAAUGAACUGUGAUGAGUUUAGAGAGGUUUGAGUUUGAGAACGGAGCUAGCACUUUUUGAUAAUUUUUAUUUUCCCCCGAAGCUUUUUAGCGUUUUUACAUGAUGGGGGUGAGUGCGGUGGUAAAUGGAAUUUUGGUAAAAAUUGAAUAUGUAUUGCGCACAUAGAACUCGGUGGGUUUUCGGUGGGUUUUCUGGAGUAGGUUUAGUUCCAGAAAGGUAAGCUGUCUGAGACUCUGAUAAUAUGCGGCAUAAGAGUUGGGGAUGUGCUAAAUUAUGCUAGUAACCCAAGUAUUAGGGUUAUGAAAUAUGAUAUAAGUAUCAUAUUUUAUGUGCGUAGUUAUUGGUGCAAAUAUGUACAAGGAUUGCACAUACUCAUAUUUGAAUUCAUAAGAUGAUGUAAGCAAUACAAGUGUGGCUGUGAGGCACAUAUAAAGUGUAUGUGUUGUUACACACUUAUAAUAGUUUACUUAGCUUACAUACUGUAAUACUUAGCAUACAUACUGCAAAAGAUGUAUUAUGAAAGCAGAUUAUGAUCAUUGAAGAUGAUUGUAAUAAGAAAUGGCAUAAAUACCAGAGGAUAUAUGAUGAAAAGGACAGUUAUUGAGAGUCAACUUCUCGUAUAUUAAACUGUGCAAUAAACGCCACUUGUGGAGUGGUUUCCUUUCCUUUCCAAAAUUGGUUGACUGCACAAUAUUUAUUAAUGAGCGCACUACAAAUAUACG